AUGUCCACCAAGGUCAGGAAGUGCAAGGAGCAAGCGAGGGUGACCUUCCCCGCGCCGGAGGAGGAGGAAGAGGAGGAGGAGGAGGAGGGUGAGGAGGAAGGCUCGGAGCCGCAGCGCCGCCGGCGGGGCUGGAGGGGCGUCAACGGGGGGCUGGAGCCGCGCUCGGCGCCCUCACAGCGGGAAGCGCACAGCUACAGCCCGCAGCGCUUCUCCCCCGGGCUGGACAUGUCCAUGGAGGGAAGCCCAUCUCUGAGGCGCAAGACAGUGAUGCGGGAGAAGGGCCGGCGCCAGGCCGUCCGGGGCCCCGCUUUCAUGUUCAAUGACCGGGGUACCAGCCUCACAGCCGAGGAAGAGCGCUUCCUCGACGCUGCCGAGUACGGCAACAUCCCCGUGGUGCGCAAGAUGCUAGAGGAGUCCAAGACGUUGAACGUCAACUGCGUGGACUACAUGGGCCAGAACGCGCUGCAGCUGGCCGUGGGCAACGAGCACCUGGAGGUGACAGAGCUGCUGCUCAAGAAGGAAAACCUGGCGCGAAUCGGCGACGCCCUGCUGCUUGCCAUCAGCAAGGGCUACGUGCGCAUAGUGGAAGCUAUCCUCAACCACCCCGGCUUCGCAGCCAGCAAGCGCCUGACCCUGAGCCCCUGUGAGCAGGAGCUGCAGGACGACGACUUCUAUGCUUACGACGAGGACGGCACACGCUUCUCUCCCGACAUCACGCCCAUCAUCCUGGCGGCGCACUGCCAGAAGUACGAGGUGGUGCAUAUGCUACUGAUGAAGGGUGCCAGGAUCGAGCGGCCACACGACUAUUUUUGCAAGUGUGGAGAUUGCAUGGAGAAGCAGAGGCACGACUCUUUCAGCCACUCACGCUCGAGGAUCAAUGCCUACAAGGGCCUGGCCAGCCCAGCGUACCUGUCCUUGUCUAGCGAGGACCCAGUGCUCACCGCCUUGGAGCUCAGCAAUGAGUUGGCCAAGCUGGCCAACAUAGAGAAGGAGUUCAAGAAUGACUACCGGAAGCUCUCCAUGCAAUGUAAAGACUUUGUAGUGGGUGUGCUGGAUCUUUGCCGAGACUCAGAAGAGGUAGAAGCCAUUCUGAAUGGAGAUCUGGAAUCAGCAGAGCCCCUAGAGGUACACAGGCAUAAAGCUUCACUGAGUCGUGUCAAACUUGCUAUUAAGUAUGAAGUCAAAAAGUUUGUGGCUCACCCCAACUGCCAGCAGCAGCUCUUGACAAUCUGGUAUGAGAACCUCUCAGGCCUGCGGGAACAGACCAUAGCUAUCAAGUGUCUGGUUGUGCUGGUGGUGGCCUUGGGCCUUCCAUUUCUUGCCAUCGGCUACUGGAUUGCACCUUGCAGCAGGCUGGGGAAAAUUCUGCGAAGCCCUUUCAUGAAGUUUGUGGCACAUGCUGCUUCUUUCAUCAUCUUCCUGGGCCUGCUUGUGUUCAAUGCCUCAGACAGGUUCGAAGGCAUCACCACGCUGCCAAACAUCACUGUUAUUGACUAUCCCAAGCAGAUCUUCAGGGUGAAAACCACUCAGUUCACUUGGACUGAGAUGCUAAUUAUGGUCUGGGUUCUUGGAAUGAUGUGGUCUGAGUGUAAGGAGCUCUGGCUGGAAGGACCUAGAGAAUAUAUUUUGCAGUUGUGGAAUGUGCUGGACUUUGGGAUGCUUUCCAUCUUCAUUGCUGCUUUCACAGCCAGAUUUCUAGCUUUCCUUCAGGCAACAAAAGCACAACAGUAUGUGGACAGUUAUGUCCAAGAGAGUGACCUCAGUGAAGUUACACUUCCACCAGAGAUACAGUAUUUCACUUAUGCCAGAGAUAAAUGGCUCCCUUCUGACCCUCAGAUCAUAUCUGAAGGCCUCUACGCCAUUGCUGUUGUGCUCAGUUUCUCUCGGAUCGCAUAUAUCCUCCCUGCAAAUGAGAGCUUUGGCCCCUUACAGAUCUCUCUUGGAAGGACUGUGAAGGAUAUAUUCAAGUUCAUGGUCCUCUUUAUUAUGGUGUUUCUUGCCUUUAUGAUUGGCAUGUUCAUACUUUAUUCUUACUACCUUGGGGCUAAAGUAAAUGCUGCUUUUACCACUGUAGAAGAAAGUUUCAAGACACUGUUUUGGUCAAUAUUUGGGUUGUCUGAAGUCACUUCUGUUGUGCUCAAAUACGAUCACAAAUUCAUAGAGAAUAUUGGCUACGUUCUGUAUGGAAUAUACAAUGUAACUAUGGUGGUCGUUUUACUCAACAUGUUAAUUGCUAUGAUUAAUAGCUCAUAUCAAGAAAUUGAGGAUGACAGUGACGUAGAAUGGAAGUUUGCCCGUUCAAAACUUUGGCUAUCUUAUUUUGAUGAUGGAAAAACAUUACCUCCACCCUUCAGUCUAGUUCCUAGUCCAAAGUCAUUUGUUUAUUUCGUCAUGAGGAUCAUUAACUUCUCUAAAUGCAGAAGGAGCCGGCUACAGAAGGAUAUAGAAAUGGGAAUGGGUAACUCCAAGUCCAGGUUUACAAAGUGCUUUGCUGUACAUUUGAACCUCAUGCAACACUGUGAGUUAAACCUCUUCACUCAGUCUAACUCAAGAGUUUUUGAAUCACACAGUUUUAACAGCAUUCUCAACCAGCCAACACGUUAUCAGGCAUCCCUCAGAUCCCUUGCCUUCACCCUGUCUGUGUCUGAGCCAUCUUCCCACUCCUGUAUUUUAUCUCAACUGGCUGGGUUUCAAAACUGCAAAUUUUGGGGACCAAAUGCCGCUGAUCCUCUCGAGGAGGGUCUUGCCACACUGGGGCUGUCGACAGUUUGUCCCCAAAGCGCUGUUACACAAAGGCACAGGGGCUUGGAGUUUAUGGUAAAGUGCAGCAAAAAGCUGGUGUCCAUGUUAGCUGUCCUCAGCAGGAGUCUUUGCUUGUAUGCUAGUGAACGGGGCAGCUCACUGGUGCCUGACCGCUCUUUUGUCCUCUGA